ACUGAUUGAAUAGGCUCUUUCAUAGAGUGCAAUACAAACAGUCAAACAGUAAUGCUAGAAAGAAAAGAGUGAAGCUUUUGAGGUUGGGCAAGGCAGGCAGGGAAGAGGAGACGAGCUACAUUGGAACAAUCUCUUGGUAUUCGUGUUCAUUUUUUUUAUAUACGUCAAGUCGUUUGGUUCUAUAACCUUUCAGAGCUUUUCAUAAUUCUGGAUUCGAUUUCUUAAUCAGAAUCCCAUUCUCCAAUUUUCGCUCAGAAUGUCGUAGUCCGUCUGUGCGUCGUCGUUUUGGCAGAGCCAUGGACUGAGGAGUAGCUUUCGGCUCUGCAGCAGAGAGAGAAAGAGAGAGCUGAGCUGAGCUGCUGUUAUUUUGGUUAUGGCUGGCUUUUUACUUUCGGUUUCUUCAGUUUUUCCAUAUACCCAACAGUAGUAUUGUACCGUAUUUUCCUGUAAUCUUGUACCAUUUUUUUUUUAAAAGAAAAAUUCUUGGAUUCUUCUUACUUUUGGGAUAUUGGACUCCACUCCUGUGUACUUUUUGGUGAUAUUUUGAUUUGGCCGAAAUAUGGGUUAUAGGUGUCGUAUUUUGACAAUGCUGAACUGGGUUUCAUAGAUUUGAAGCUGUUGUAGUAGGAUUUCAUGGAGAUUUUGGGUUAGAAACGCAAGAGAGAGAUUUGGUUUCGAAAAGUCUUAGCAUUUCCAAGGUGUGGGUUUCUCUGGGCCGUUUUGGAGAAAUGGGUGAUGAUUUGGUGAAGGCAACGACGUCGUCGUCUCUGGCAAUUACAGAGAAGAAGUCGACUCAUAGAAGCGGAGGCUGUGUUGGCAUUUUCUUCCAGCUCUUUGAUUGGAACCGAAGGUUCGCCAAGAAGAAGCUUUUCUCCAAGAAAUUGCUGCCUCCUGUUCGAUCAAAGCAGGCUUCUAACAAGUUUAAAGGCGAUGACAGGAUGCCUAAGCAUCACUUGAUUGCUGAUGAAAACAAGGGUAGUUUCCCCAACAUGAAGAAACAGGGCUCUCGAAGUGUUGAUUCAGAGCAUAAGCAUGAUACCCGGUCUCCGGGUUUGGUGGCUAGGCUUAUGGGUCUAGAAUCCAUGCCUGCCAUUCGUGAGAAGCCCAAGAAGGCUUCCUUUUCUGAUGCUUGUUGUGAUAAUGAAGUGAAUAAAUUUUUGAAUGGUUUUUCUGGUGGGUCUGGUAAAGAGGGUAUGGAUAUGGAGAGAGGAAGCAUGAAGCAGGUUGAAUCUCGGCCUCAGAAACUUCAGAAGACAGAGCAGUCUGAGAGGAAAGCAAUGACUAGGCUUGGAGCUGACGCACUUCAAAUCAAGAGUGUUUUAUCACGUUCAAGAAAGCAUAACCACCACCCUAAGUUUGUAUCUCCGGUUAAAAGCCCCAGGACUCCUUCUGGGAAGAAUGUUUCUCGGACCUCUAGGCUGUUUGAUGCUGCCACUAAGAUUUUGGAACCUGGGUUGCAGUCUUCUAGCAAAGCAAAAUGUAUUACAUAUACAACAAGUUCAGUUCAUUAUCCUCCUAAUCACGAGGCUGUAAUAGAGAGAACGAUGGUUAACUCAGAGGAGCAACCUAAACCAUCUUGUUUUAGUGGCAAUGUGUCUAAGUCUUUGAUGGGGCAGAGUUCUUGUAAAAAUUGUGGUAAUUUGCUUGAUGUUAUUAACUGCAGGCCGAAUGUGGAUCAAGUUUCAUCUGAUUUUGCCUCAUUUGGUUCGAGUUUCGCCAAUGGCUCACUUCCUGAAGUAGCAGGAAGAAGUAAACCAAGGUUACCAGUUUCCUCCUUCAAGCAAGAUAAUGAUGCAGUUUUUCAUAGAAGUUGGGACAACCUUGCUUGUCAAAAGAAGGAAGAAAUAAAUAGCACACAACCUAUUAAUACUAGGCCCAUAACUGAAAGAAAGCCUCUGCUUCGUGAAGGUCAAGCUCCAUGGCAGUCAAUGGGCCAGCCUUGUAAUUUUCGGAAAGAUGAAUCAUCUUCUUUUGACUUGAAGCGUCGGGAUCAGAUACAGGAACAGAUGCCUUUAGGCAGGGAUAGAAUUCCACCAAGGUCAAAACACAAUUUGGAUACUAGAAGAGUGUCAUCAGCUGCAAAUGCUGUGAGAAAUACAAAAGAUUUUGUUGCCUUGAACCGAAGCAUGAGUGGUCGUGCCAGACCAAGGGUAACUCCAAAAGAAGAGACUGAAAAGUUUGUUCCAGAGAGGAAAGCUUUUAAUGGGCGAGAGGAAGGUAAUUUAUCUCAAUUAAGAGGCUCAGUACGGAAGAGAAGGAUAAUUAACUUUAAUAGUCAAGUUGAAAGUAGGGAGUUUGUUAGUUCAACUGCUACAAAAUCAAGGACUAUUCAAUGUGAUUCAUCGACAGGAAAGGGGUUGGGAUUGAAUGCUCAUCCAUUGAACCGAAAUUGCAGUAGAAGUAGAUUAGUUGGUCCAAGAGAGGGUAAUGGAGCUGCUAAAAGCAUCGAUAAUAAUGUUGUUUCUUUCAACUUUAAUUCCCCCAUUAGGCAAAAGCCUGGUAGUUCAUUGGAAUCGGAGGAGAAGACCAUUAAUGAUGAGUUAAAGGAAUCUUUUCAAAAUCAAUCUCCUUUCAAAGGAGAUUCUAUAGCUGCCCUUCUGCAACAAAAAUUGAAGGAACUGACUAGUCAAGAAGAUGAGGAGUUAGCAGCAGGUGGUCCACCUAAGAGGUCGAUUGCCAUGAUUCUUAAGGAGCUAAUAACUGCUUUAACUGCAGAGCGGCCAGAUAUAGCAUCCCCAUCCAUGGCUCAAAUAAAGCAGGUAGGGUCUUCUCACACAGCUGAUCAUUUGAGCCCAGGAUCUGUUCUGGAGGCCUCGUUCUCUUGUAGCAGCCUGGAUGAAAGCUCAGGACAUAUGUUGUUCUCAGAAUCUAUGGACUGCUCCAGUGAUCAAUUGCGUUGCUUGGGUCAAGAUUCUGAUCUCUCAGAUUCUGCUACCUCGUUAAGUAAAGAGAGAACUUGUUGCGAGAGGAUGACAACCCUUGUCAACAAUGUUUCUCGAAUAUUAGAUAGCAUCAACUUUGACGGGGGAAGAUUGACAGAAAGCAAUCUGGCUCAUGCGAAGGAUGUUAUUGUGAAUGCUGGAUUAUUGUUUGGAAAUGUGACAUUGUAUUGCCUAGAGGGAACAGAAGGUUUGUUCAUUGGUCCUGUACUUCUUGAUCUGGAAAAGGUUGCCAAUGCUGCGUGGACAAAUAUCAACAUUUUUACUGGUACAGAUGCCAACAAAACGGAAAACCAAUACAGAGUAUUGCUUUUUGACUGUCUGAUAGAAUGUUUAGAAUCCAAGUAUGGAGAAUACACCAACUCAAAACUCAAAGCAUGGACAAGAUUCGCUUCGUGCAUGAACCGGGAGAUGAUAAUUGGAGACCUUGAAAAGGAGAUGAACAAAUGGACAUCUUUGGCUGGGAUGCUUCCUGAGGAUAUUGUAGAAUGGGAAAUGAGUCAUGGUCUUGGGAAAUGGAUAGAUUUUGAUAUUGAAGCAUUUGAGGGUGGUGAUGAAGUUUGCAGCAACAUUUUUCAAGAUUUAGUUGAUGAAACCUUGAAUGAACUCACCAGACUUGGUUGUUAAUUCUGGUUAUCUCGUUUUGUUUUUUGUUUAAAUUAUUAGAAUGUGCACAAAAGCUUUGUUGAUUGGAUUUUUUGUACAAAUUAGUGAAAUUGUUCAGAUGUAGCCGUAUCUAAAUAUGACUUUGUUGUAUAUGUGUUGCAGUUAUUCCAAGCCACAUUACAAA